AUGGUUGUCCACGUAUCGAGUACCUCCGAUAAAGUCGGCGCUGCUGUUGGUCAGCUUAUCUUCAAGCUGAGCAAGGAGACCAUUACCGCUAAUGGUCGAUUUACAGUGGCGCUUUCGGGGGGUUCUUUGCCUAAAAUCUUGAAGAAGGGCUUGCAGGCCAUUAAGGAUGAAGUAGACUUCUCCAAGUGGUUCGUCUACUUUGCUGAUGAGCGCUGUGUGUCGUUGGAGCAUAACGACAGCAACUACAAGGCUUGCAAGGAGGCGCUAUUCGACUUUAUAUCUAUACCAGAGAGUCAGAUCUUCUCUAUCGAUGCCUCACUGACCCCGAAGAGCAUGGCUGUAGAUUACACCAAGAAACUGGCAGAAGUCUGGGGCAACGAUCUACCUCGCUUCGAUCUGAUUUUGUUAGGCAUGGGCCCAGACGGCCACACAUGCUCGCUCUUCCCAGGCCACCCGCUUUUGGAGGAGAAGACGCUGUUUGUAGCGUCUAUCGAGGACUCGCCUAAGCCGCCAUCACAACGUAUCACGCUCACUUAUCCAGUUGUGAACAAUGCCGCCAAUGUCGCGUUCGUCGCCACUGGGGCUGGCAAGGCCGAGCUGAUCCCACACAUGGUCGGCAUUGAGAAGCGCACGCCUCCGUUGCCCGCUGCAAACAUCAAGCUCAUAGAUGGUGAAAUCUACUGGUUUAUCGACGAAGACGCCGCUGCCAUGCUCUCGGAAGAUGCUAGAAUGUAG